AUGGGAGCACUUCCGCUCACUGCUAAGCAGUAUUGAUGAUGUGAAUAUACAUACAUGUACUAAUAACUGAAUGUUGAGGUGGUUGCUUUAAACCAAACAUAAUGUGAUAUGACCUCAAAGACAAACAUAAAUAAAUAUGUAAAUAUGUUUUAACCAGUAUGUCUGUAGGUGGCAUUUGGGCAUGACAUUAUCAAUUUCGCCUUUUUGUGGUUAAAAGUACCACAGUAUGGUCUAUGACUUCGGCUUGCGCAGAACAACGAGCGGAAAACACAAUAAAAACUGUAUUAAAUUAAAAAAAUUUAUAAGCAUUUUUAAUAAUAUCGGAAAUAUUUAUCAAAAGCUAAAAAAUCUAUAGUGAAAAAAUUGAAAAAAGGGGAAGCCGGAAAAUAUUAACAUUUGCAUGUUGAAUGAGUAAACCCAGUGAAGCGUGAGGAGUUUUUGUUUCUCGUCGCUGCUGCCUGACUUGUGCAUUUUUGUACGUUUGUGCGGGCGGAUACAAACAUAAAUAUGUAUACAUAUGUAUGCAUAUACAAUUAAAUUACUUCAAUACCAAUUAUAUAAUAUUAAUGACGCGAACUAAAUAAAGUACACAAAGAAUACCCGAAAUUUUAUGGGAGAUAUCCAAAUGUCUUUUACCAUAAGAGCAAGGACUAAUCAAUAGCAUAUACCCAUACAUAUACAUAUAUAUAGUGUGUAUCCAAGAAUAUAUGCGAUUUAUAGUUCAUAGUUAAGCCAAAGCGAAAGUUUGUACACAAAAUGUGAAUAAAAACCUAUGUAGCGGUUAUAUAGCCGAUAGAAGUGCAUUUGCCAAAUUUUAACUCAUUUAGAAGAAAGUAAAGAAUUCUUAAUUGAAUGCGAGUAUGGCCACGGUUAAUGCAAAUCCUAUCAGUAACAGUUGCCAAAGCAUCGCCUCGGCUGGCGGCCCGAGUGCUGGCAGUUUGGGUACGAUUGUUAUUGGCGGCGCGGCACCGGCCCAACAACGUUCAACAACCCACUAUGUCAACGGCACUGGCAGUUUGGGCCGUCUCAAGUAUCACAAUAAGCACAAGAGUCUGGAUGCCAGUGAUGAGGAGCUCGAUUAUUCGCAGAUGUCACAGUCAACGCAUAUCAUUGGACGUGUCAGAUCGGAACGUUUUCUAGCAAUGAAACCCGAUGAAGAUCGUCGUAGACGUACCAUUAUCAUUGAAAAGAAGAAUGACUCGUAUGGCUUUACACUGCAGAGCUAUGGCAUACAUUACAAGAAGGAUCAAGAAGUAGAAAUGAUCACUUAUGUCGAUUACGUGGAGUAUGAUGGACCGGCUUAUAAAGCUGGUAUGCGUGAAGGUGAUGUUAUACUCUCCAUAAACGGUAGUGAUAUGGAGAAAGCUGAUCAUAAGACAAUUGUCGAUUUUAUAAAGAGCUGUGAUACGCGCAUGCGUAUGGUUGUGCUUUUUGAAGACUGUGUGCGUAAGGUGGAUCUCCACAUGCGCUACAUACAAUUACAAAACUUAUUGCACAGCAAAAUGAAUGAACUGGAACGAAUUUGCCUGCGAGAACGUGAACUACUCGAAGGCAAGUGGAAGACACAUAGCUUACCAGCGCGCAAAAAAGCCACCACGUCACCGACUGACGCCGAAAGCGGUACAUCGCCAACAGAUGGUGAGAAUGUGGCGUACUAUCGACCGGCACUUUCCACUGAAGAUGUUCCCAGUAUGGCAAGAUUUCAGUCGCAACAGCAGGCUAUCAUACCGCCACCAGCACAAUUUACGCUCACCUAUCAUUACUUGGAUCCGACCUAUCGUUAUGUAAUUAAACCGGUCACAUCCAAUAGCAGCGGCGAGCAUUUAGCUACCUCCAGUGGUGGUCCUGAGGGCAUACAGCGUAGUCCAAGUGAUCAGCACUUCAUUUUACGUCAUACAGAAUCGGUUGACACGGCCACAGGCUUGGCGAGUCUUUCCCAUCGCAGCGCCUUGAGUCAAGGACAGAGCGGAGCCAGUGCACAAGCACCAGUACCGCCACCGCGAACUUGUGAAAAACAUAAGCCGCCAAAUAAACAGCACUCAGUGGAACAACAGCAUUACCAACAACAACAGCAGCAGCAACAUCAACAAACUACAACGCCAGUUAUGGCACAAAAAGCACACAAGUCCUCAAAGCAUUGCUAUGGCCAUUCAUGUAAUCCCUGUAUCGGUCAUUUUCGGUGGAAAUCGGCGGAAAAAGCAGCAGCUACUGCUGCGGCUGCAAUGGGUGGUGCUGGCGGUAUGACCGUCGCAGGGGGCAAUGGUAAUGGCAAUGGCAAUGGCGACAAUAUCAGUUUAGAUGCCUAUGAUCUGGCAAGUCCGUGCUGUGAUGCGCAUUGCGUGCCAACGCGACGUCGUACACGUCAUAAGGAACACACACACAAGCAUAAACAUCGUGAUCGCGAGCGUGAUUCAAAGGAACGUCAACCUAGACCUAAGUCGCAGACUUCACACACCUCGCCGAGUAUUACGCGUCAUCACAUGCAUCAUCAUCAUCAUCAUACUGCACAAGACAUGCUACAACAGCAGCCACAGCUACAGCAACAACAACAACAGCAGCAACAUCAUCACCACCAUCAUCUUUCACCACAACAACAACAACAACAGCAACAGCAACACCAACAUCUUCAACAGUCACAGCCACAGCCACACGGUAAUUGUGAUUCUCACAAUGGCAGCAUGCGCUCUCGUUAUUAUGAUUUGACCACCGGUCUAAUGAGCCAUUGUAGUCUACAUUCUUGUACAUCGAGUGAGUUCGCGCCAGCCGACUCUACUUCUUAUACCACAUCGCUUAGUACGGACACCUUGUACUGGGAUCCAAAGAGUGAGCAUUCAGCAUCCCGACAACACUCCACCAAAUCUCGCCAGUCUUACCAACAAUACCCGCAACAACAUGCACAACAGUCACAACAACAGCCGCAUACACAACACCAUCAACAGCAGCAACAGCCAACGGCGCACGUACACGGCGUCUAUCAACAACGUUAUCACAUUACUGCCACACAAGUGCAACCUUCGCAGAUCUAUCCGCAAGCCACAUACGUGCAAAAGCCGAAGUCAUGGGAUAAUCUGACAACCAAAGCGGUGGGCGGUUACGGCUUUGGCUAUGGCUACUUGGACACGGUGACCGUGAAGCCCGCUAUGAAACUGCAAAUCGCACAACAACGUCACUCCAUACCACGUAAAAAUCCCUACGGUCGCUACUCCACUUACACUGAUGUGGAAAACUAUGCGCCACCGCCAUCACAAUUCGUCGAAGAACUUAUUACGACAACGACAACAACGAAGAUUAUGGCUAAAUCAACGGAAGAACUCAUUGCAGCACCGGUACCGCAAACAACGUGUGAUUGUAUGACGAAGCAGCAACAACAAGCCCUCAAGGCGGCACAAUAUCAAAUUAAUCAGGCGGCAAAAGUUUCGCAUCACAACAACUGUCAGAUGGGCUACUAUUCCCACUUACCACGUCCGACAUUGGACGCCGGCACUUCCACAGUGCAGACGACAACAACUGGCGUUUCGGGAGAUGUGGCGACGGUAUCCGAAGUGACACGAUUGUAGGCCACGCUCGUUUAGACCAAUCAAAUAGGAAAGUGAAAAUUGGUCUAAAUAAGAAUUGUCUACAUUGGAAAGGAUGAGCUAGUAGAGAGUGGAAAAGUGGAAACAAAAAUUAAGUUAAGGUCGGCCACAGCAAAUUUAGAAGCUUAUUGAAGAUUUGCAGACAAAACUCUGUUGUUUUAGAUUUUGUAGGUACAGGUUAUGUAGUUUAAAUAAGAUUAUUUUAUAGCACAAUAUAUUGGUGUGACUGGCAUUAUUCAAUUGGCGUUUUUUAAUUCCGAUAAUAAGUCCGUAUAAAUUAAAAAUCAUCGGCGCUUCGUAAGCUAUUUAAUUUCUAUUUGUGGCUUAACAUCACGCUAAUAUGGGAUCUGGGUUUAAAAUUCAUUAAACCAAACAAUUUUAUACUUCAAGCUGCUACAAGUCUGUUGAUAAUCUGAUGGCAUAAGUGUGCUCUAAGGAAUAUACGAUAGGAGCGAAAUACAAUAGAACUACAAAAAUAUAGUAUGAAAUAAUCAUGAAGAAUCUUCUUUAGGAACCUCUAUAAAUUUGAAGAAGUAAUAUGUAUCAAAUACCGGACAGAUAUGUGUAAAAACGUGCUAAGAAUUUUUAAUAAUAAGGCAGUAAUAGAUUAGUUCAGUUAAUAUUUAGUUAGGUUACGUUGAAAUGCCAAGUCAUAGUUUUGAAAAAAAAAUGUAGAAAAUAGCCCUUUUUUAAAUUUAACUGCCUUAGUUGGGUGUCUAUGUAGAUAAUGCCAAAUUCCAUCUCCUACAAAGUUCUCUGCAUAAAUAAAUAAAAGGAAAAGUAAAAUCCGAACUUAUGACUAUGUUCAUAUAUGUAUGUAUAUGUAUGACCUUAGAUAUUAAAAACAUUAAAGAGACAAAGAAACUAUUAUAAAACGUACAGCCAAAUAUAUUGACAUAUUAUAUUGCACAAUAUACUGAAAUUUUACUCAUCCGUUACAUACAACGAUAUUACAAGAAAACGAAACGUUACACAAGCCAAGUUUUAAGCAUUUUUAACGAAACUCUCGAACAAACUUUAAAACGUAAAAAAAGACUCGAAAAGUAAACAAUGCAAUAACAAAUUUGUAGGAGUUUAUAUGUAUUAUAUGCAUAUAGUGUUUAUGUAUGCUUGUGUAGAGUAGAGCCGUGGGCAGUGUUUUAGACAAACCGAAGUAAUAAUAAUAAUAGAGUUCCGAAACAAUUACUUUAAAGUUCAAACAGCCAAAUUAAAGAUAAUUACAAUAUAUGCCAGCAACAAAACGAUUUCGUUCAUACAGUGAAGGGUAAAAUAGUUUUUAUAGUUUUUUUAUUAGGGUAACUUAACUAUAGUUAUUGUAUAUACAUACAUACAUAUGUAUUACGUAUGAAGUGUUAUAACUAGUGCUCAUAUUUAACCAAAGAUAAAUAAAAUUUUAACGUAGCAAUACAGGAGUAACGUUAUAAGCUUGCACUAAACUGCGAAUACGUAUCAGUAGUACUUAUUAACCAAAAUUUAAAAUAUUAUUAAAAUUUAUUUAGUAUUUUGCCUAUAAAUUAUAGUUAUUAUCUUUUUUAUUAAAGACUGAAUUGCAUGCCCACCUUUAGGUCUACUUAUGUCUGCUAAGCUUAAAAUUUGUUGUUGCAACAACUUUCUCAAGAUUUUAACAGAAUAAUUAAAAGCAAAUGAUUUUAUUUCAAUGAAUUGUGAUAUUACAUAGCACAUACUUAAAUAUUAUAUACUUGUAAAGUUUCUGAUGUAUGAAGCAGCAAUUUCUGCAUUUAGUUUAACAAUACUUAAUAAGCACAAGAAUAUAGAUAAUAUUGAGGAAUAAACCAAAUAUAUACACACACAUACUUAUAUGUUACAUACAUAUGUACGUUCAUACAUACAAAGUGUAAGUUAUAUAAUUGUGACGCAUACAACAUAUUACUUUGCAUUUUUUAAGAGGCACACACCGUAGGUAUGAGGUACAUAUGUACAUAUGUACAUACAUAUAUAUACAUUGAAAAUAGCUGCAUAUGUGUUUAAAAGGAAUAAAUUGCAAAUAAUAAACUGUGUUAAAUAUAGGAAAAAUUUGAUUUGUGUUCGGAAACUAAAUAUCGCUAAUAUACAAGUA